GGCUCGCUGCCUGGCAUGCUUGCAGCUCAUAGAUGCUCUCUGCCUACAUUUCUUUCUGUUGAUUGGGUGGAAUCAGUGUAUCUUAAAGGCGUCUUUAGUCAGAAUGUACGUUCCUGGAAUUAAGAAGAGCAAUUUUGUGGUUGUUCCGUGGUAUAACAGGCACGAGUGGGAGAAGACGUACCAGAACCUCUUCAGCACUUCGCCCAAGGAUCAGGCUGCCGGGCUUGGAGCUGUCGCGGCAUGGCGUAGCAGACUUUACGGCCACCUUCCUCGAGCCAUCGAGUCCACUGCAGCUCUGGUCCAAGCACAGCUGAGUGACAGCCGGUCGCAUUGCCUUCAGGAUGGCGCAGCUGGUGUUGGCAGACUCAAUCCCGAGGAACUCAGUUCUCUCUAUGCCGUGGCCAUAGUCAGGUUUGUUGGCAACAUUGUUGAGCCCGUGCGGGGUGUGAAGAACAUCACUACUAAAGAAGCUGCAUUUCAGCUGGGCGUCCCUGACUGGAUCCUGGAGCUGAGGCAUGCAUCAGCGCAUGCUUCCGUGAGUGGCGCGGCAUCCCUGGGGAUUCUACGCUCGGCGGCGUCCCUGCUGCUGCAGUGGCUGCGCCUUCACCACUGGGAGCCGCAGAGGGACACCCUGGUGGUAGCCACAGAGGCAUCCGCCAUGCUCCACUCGACGAAUGGCAACGAUGCCAUUGAGCGUGCGUGCUGCAGCCCGACCCAAGUGCGACAGAUGCUCGAUGUCUGGCUGCUGGUGUCCGUCAAGCGCAAGUGCACCAGGCGCCAAAUGGCUGAGCUGAAGAAGAAGAGGCAGGCAUGCCUCGACCAGAUUGCUGCGUUUGCCGAGGAGGACAGUGACCUUGUGGUGGAUAUGCUGGUCACCGGUGGAGACUACCUGCUGCCGUCCAGAGAUUCCCUGGAUGAGUUGUGCCCCAACAUAAGGCUGUCUCUGCCUUCGUCAAUGGAUGGUUCGCCCUGCCGGCUUCCACGUCUUCUUGCUGACCGCUGGGACCCGCUUCUGGCGGUUCUGCAGCCUCCCACGCUGCAGAAGUUGGCUGAGCGUUUAUUGUCUCAGCCACACAACACUCGUCGCAUUGAGGACGAGAGCUUGCGUCGCUACCUGUCUGUGGCUUGGCUUGGCCACCUGCUGACUGGAAGGCGGGAACAGUUAUCCAGAGCCGGCAGUGGCAGUGAUCAGAGCAGUUCAUCGGCUCCUUCCACGCUAAACGUGACACGGCUGCUCAAGGCUGCCAUGGACUCUCCGAUGGAAUACUCGACCAAGGCCAUCACAGUACUGUCCCAGCACAUGUGGCCACAGCUGAGUGAAGCUGAGCUGGGCCACCUGACAGCCCUGGCAGCCAUUCAGGGAGGUCUCAUGGUGGGCCGCAGGUGGGACGCCACUGACAAUGCUGAGGAGGAGGCUGGUGGCGAUGGGAACUACGUGCCAUACACCGUCGAGGACUUCCAGGGCUCUGAAGAUGGUUUUGACGAGCCAGCCUGGAAGCUGCCUCAAGCUGCAAUGGAGUGGAGUGACACACCUGUCGGACAGCUGCCUGGAUUCCCUGCUGACAGACUUGACCUGAACCUCGACUUCAAGGAGCUGAGGCCAAUCGGUGCACCCAGCUCAGAAGAGGCAAGGUUGGGCUCGGAGCAAGGCAGUGCAGAGGCUAGUGCAAACAGGGAGGAUGCCCAGCGGCCAACACUUGCAGACCAGCUGGAGCACAUCAGUCAGAACGUGCAGCUUUUUGUUGUGUAGUCGCUGCUGCAUUCACCACUGCAUUUUAAAUGUCGGAGUUUAAAGUAAUAAAAUCUCAUUCCCAAGGUUA